AUGAUUGGCGACUCGCUGCCCGAAUACGUCUUCAUCCGCCUCUCCAUCCUCGGCCUCCGACUUGUUGCACCGCUCAGCAUCGCUUACCUCUCCUACAGCGCGUACCGAGGCCAUCUACUCUUUUCGCCAUGGCUAGGCCUCUACGCAGCCGCCGAAAGCGCCUUCUACCUUCUCGCCGCAAGCUAUCCACCACUACCACCGCGAGAAGAACGAGAGGCGCUGUUCGCGAAAUGCUUCGCCCGCGUCAGCCAUAGCGAAAUGGCCUCCGGCUGGUUCUUCUCCUCCGUACCCGAUCGUAUCAAGCGCGACAACAUGAUCGAAUGGCUGCUCUGGGCCCUGUUCGGCACUCACCGCGAGGGCCUCCAAGACGAAUGGGCGGAAGAAAUCCAAGGCUAUCUGCAGAAGAUGGAGAGCCUGCUCGGGCGCAAGAUCGAAGAGGGCUGGGACCAGACUGUGCGCUGCAUGAAGGCCUCGCUCGACCCCGUCGACCCCGUCCACAGACCUCUCGUGUGGUACUUUAUUGUCGCGACAUCAGAUACAAUAACCGCCAUGCAGAUGAGGCGCGCUGGCUUCCGUCACUACACCUCCGGUCACUGCAUGUCCUGCUUCCCUCCUCGCGCAUUCACCGUGUUCUCCAACAAGGCACCUCACCCGGAUCUCGUCUAUUGGCUGCGACCACAUCGGUCCACGACGAAGGAUCCUAUUCUGUUCCUGCAUGGAAUUGGGAUCGGUCUCUGGCCAUACGUCCUGUUCUUCGCCGACCUCGUCAACGCGGACCCGGACCAUGCACAUCUCGUCGUCGCCGCUCGCGCGCGAGGCGCGGCCAUGCUCGAGGCGCUCACCGAGCUGCUCGACGCCCACGGCUUCGAGCGCGUCGUCGUCGCCGCGCACUCGUACGGGACGGUCGUCGCCGCACACAUCAUGCGCGACCCCGCGCUGUGCGCACGCGUCUCCGCGUGGCUGCUCAUCGACCCGAUCCCGUUCCUGCUGCACCUGCCCGCGGUCGCGUACAACUUCGUCUACCGCGCGCCGCGCCGCGCGAACGAGUGGCAGCUGUGGUACUUUGCGAGCCGCGACCCGGACGUCGCGCGCGCGCUCGCGCGGCACUUCUUCUGGGCGGAGAACGUGCUGUGGAAGGAGGACCUUGUGGGGAAGGACGUCGCGGUCGUGCUGAGCGGGAAGGACCAGAUCGUGGACGCGGCGGAGGUGCGGCGGUACCUGACGGGCGAGGAGGACGCGGAGAUCGAGUUCGCGUGGCGCAAGGACGGACUGGAGGUGCUCUACCACCCGGAGCUGGACCAUUCGAAGGUGUUUGAUACCAAGGAGCUUCGCCGGCCGCUCGUAGACAUCGUGCAGGGAUUCGGGCGACGGUCGGACUAA